ACGGCGCCCAAUGGAAACGAAUAUCGAAGAUAUAAUCACACAUCCGACAUGGACAGAUGCUCAGGAGAGCCUCAUCACGGGCCCAUACGACUAUCUGGCGCAAACAAAGGGGAAACACCUACGUACCCAGCUGAUUGAGCUAUUCAACACGGUACUGUGUAUCCCGAAGGCCAAACUUGACCAGAUUUCAAAGAUCAUCGAAAUGCUCCACACAGCAUCGCUGUUGAUCGAUGACAUUGAAGACGACUCCACGCUGAGACGUGGGAAACCAACGGCACAUUUGAUCUACGGCUCACCUUAUGUGAUCAAUUCUUCGAAUUACGUCUACUUCCUAGCUCUUCAGGAUGUGUUGGCUCUGGAUGAUCCACAUUGUGUGACGGCGUUCAACGAAGAACUGUUAAACUUACACAGGGGCCAGAGUAUGGAUCUCUACUGGAGGGAGAACCUAGUUGUUCCGAGUGAAGAAGAGUACAUCAACAUGGUUAUGAAUAAGACUGGUGGGUUAUUCCGAUUGGCGGUCAGGCUCAUGGAGAGGUUUAGCAAUAGCGAUAUCCCUUCACUAGUGCCUUUGGCAAACAUCCUCGGAAUCAUAUACCAAAUCAAAGACGACUACCUGAAUCUUAAGAAUGAGACUCUCCAGGAAAACAAGGGAUUCUGUGAAGAUAUAUCUGAGGGGAAGUUCUCAUUUCCAAUGAUCCAUUCCCUCAGAACGUCGCCUCAUGAUCGCACACUAAUGGGGAUACUCAAACAAAAGACUCAAGACGUUGAGAUAAAGAAAUUCGCAUUGCACUUCCUUGAAAGGACAAACAGCUUCCAAUACACCCUGGACUCUCUGGCUAGUGUCAAGGGGAAGGCACAGGACUGUGUGAAAUCCUUACAACUUGACUGUAACGAUGAACACAUGCUUCACCGCGUGCACGUCAUCACAUCCGAAGUUUCGAACGUCAAGCCCGGGGCCAUAGCUUUGAAUCAACUGGUCGACAAGCCAUGA